UUCUUCAGAUACUGCCACUCGCUCCGAGUUUCUAGCCAACUUCCUCGUAAUAUUUUCUCUCCUCAGUGGAUUUUGGCAUUCUCUUGCAUUACGAGAAAAAAUCAUCAAAGAUGGCGAACCUCAUCUUCGCGCACUCAAGCGCGCCAAUCCGGACGAUUAAGGAGAUCCAGUUUGGGCUCCUGUCCCCCGAGGAGAUUAAGGGCAUGAGUGUGUGCCACAUUCUCUAUCCGGAAACCAUGGAUGAGACCCGGACGAAGCCUCGAGAUGGUGGUCUCAACGACCCGCUUCUUGGUUCAGUCGACAGACAGUUCAAAUGCAAGACCUGCGGAGAGAACAUGUCCGAGUGCCCAGGCCAUUUCGGUCACAUCGAGCUGGCCAGACCCGUCUUUCACCCUGGUUUUAUCAGGAGAACAAAGAAGUUGCUCGAGGUGGUCUGCCACAACUGUGGCAAAGUGUUGGCUGAUAGAUCUGACCCGCAAUACCUUGCCGCCAUGAAAGUCCGGGACCCAAAGGUUCGGUUCAAGCGGGUUUGGGACAUCUGUAAAGCCAAGAAGCGCUGUGAUAACGACCCACCCAAGGCUGCCGGAGAUGGGGAUUUCAAUCCAAACGGUGAUUCGGCACCGCUUCUCAGCGGCCAUGGCGGAUGCGGCAACGUUCAGCCCGUUAUCCGCCAGCAGGCCCUUACUCUAUGGGCCCAUUACGAGCACAAGGACGAAGACGGUAUCAAGAACAAGGAGAAAAAGGUCAUCACGCCAGAGAUGGCCCUGAACAUCUUCCGCCGCAUGUCGGACGAGGAGAUGAUUGACAUCGGGCUCAACAUUUCGCAAGCCCGUCCGGAAUGGAUGAUCAUUACCGUCCUCCCAGUUCCUCCCCCACCUGUUCGUCCUAGCAUUUCGAUGGACGGCACCGGAACGGGUCUGCGAAACGAAGACGACCUGACGUACAAACUUGGUGAUAUCAUCCGUGCCAACGGCAACGUCCGACAGGCUAUUGCAGAGGGUUCCCCACAACACAUCAUCACGGAUUUUGAAAAUCUGCUCCAGUAUCAUGUUGCCACCUAUAUGGAUAAUGACAUUGCUGGUCAGCCUCAGGCGUUGCAGAAGAGCGGUCGCCCUGUCAAGGCUAUCCGUGCCCGUCUCAAAGGGAAAGAAGGGCGUUUGCGAGGCAACUUGAUGGGAAAGCGUGUCGACUUCUCGGCUCGGACUGUCAUCACGGGUGAUGCCAAUAUCUCCCUCGACGAGGUCGGCGUGCCGCGAAGCAUUGCCCGCAUCUUGACAUACCCCGAAACAGUCACGCCUUACAAUAUCGCCAAGCUCACGCAGUACGUUCAAAACGGCCCCAAUGAGCAUCCGGGCGCCAGGUUCAUCAUUCGUUCUGAUGGCACUCGUAUCGAUCUUCGGUACCAUCGGCGUGCGACCGGCAUUCAGCUGGAAUACGGCUGGAAGGUGGAGCGGCACCUGAUUGACGGUGAUUAUAUCAUCUUCAACCGUCAACCGUCUCUCCACAAGGAGUCCAUGAUGGGUCACAGAGUUCGAGUCAUGCCUUAUUCCACCUUCCGGCUCAACCUGUCGGUCACCUCUCCCUACAACGCUGACUUCGACGGUGAUGAGAUGAACUUGCACGUCCCGCAGACUGAGGAGACUCGUGCAGAAGUCAAGGAGCUCUGCAUGGUUCCUCUCAACAUCGUCUCGCCGCAGAGAAACGGUCCUCUGAUGGGCAUCGUCCAGGACACGUUAGCUGGCGUGUACAAGCUCUGCCGGCGUGAUGUGUUCCUCACCAAGGAGCAGGUGAUGAACGUCAUGCUCUGGGUCCCAGACUGGGAUGGCAUUAUUCCUCUCCCGGCAAUUCUUAAGCCCCGGCCCCGGUGGACCGGGAAGCAGAUCAUCAGCAUGAUCAUCCCGAAGAUAAUCAAUAUCCACAUGAACUCCGACCAGCCGGACAGGGACCAUCCGUUCAAGGAUGAUGGACUCCUCAUUCAACAGGGAGAAGUUAUGUUUGGUCUGCUCUCCAAGAAGAGCGUGGGUGCCACUGGAGGUGGCAUUGUCCACCUGUGCUUCAAUGAACUUGGUCCGCAGGGGGCUAUGGAUUUCCUCAACGGCUGCCAGCGAGUAGUCAACUACUGGCUUCUGCAUAACGGACACAGCAUCGGUAUCGGUGACACAAUCCCUGAUGCGAAAACCAUCGAGCUAGUUCAGAAGCACAUCGAUCAGCAGAAGGGGGAGGUUGCCCAUCUGACAGAGCUAGCAACCAACAACGAGCUCGAGCCGCUGCCCGGUAUGAACAUCCGAGAGACCUUUGAGAACAAGGUCUCGGCGGCUCUUAACACGGCCCGCGACAAAGCCGGUACCACGACCGAGAAGAGUCUCAAGGAUCUCAACAAUGCCGUCACAAUGGCGCGUUCUGGGUCCAAGGGCUCCGCGAUCAACAUCUCUCAGAUGACUGCUCUGGUCGGGCAGCAGAUGGUUGAGGGAAAACGUAUCCCAUUCGGCUUCAAGUACCGCACUCUGCCACAUUUCACCAAGGACGAUUACUCCCCUGAGGCUCGAGGUUUUGUGGAGAAUUCAUAUCUCCGGGGCUUGACUCCCACUGAGUUCUUCUUCCACGCCAUGGCAGGGCGAGAAGGUUUGAUUGAUACUGCUGUCAAGACGGCCGAGACAGGGUACAUCCAGCGCCGACUCGUGAAAGCACUUGAGGAUGCUGCGGCGCACUACGAUGGGACGGUGCGAAACUCGCUUGGCGAUAUCAUUCAGUUCAUCUACGGUGAAGAUGGCUUGGACGGUGUCGCUAUUGAGAAACAGCGUAUGGACCACAUGAACCUGUCCAAUAAGCAAUUCGACAAGCGAUUCCGCUUGGACGUGAUGGACGAGGCGAGCUCCGGCCCCGCUCUGGAGGCCCUAGAGUACGGCAGGGAGAUGGCGAGCGACCCGAUGGUGCAGCAGCUUUUGGACCAAGAAUAUGAGCAGCUCCUCGCCGAUCGCAAGCUGGUGCGAGAGAUCAACCGCCGCAAGUUGGCCGAGGAUAACAUGCAGCUCCCGCUCAACGUGGCCCGCAUUAUCGAGACGGCGAAGAAGCUCUUCAAGGUGGAUGACACUCAUCGCAGCGACCUCACGCCCAAGGAUGUCAUCCCCGCCGUUCAAGCCCUCCUUGAGCGGAUGGUUGUGGUCCGAGGUAGCGAUCCGAUCUCGAAAGAGGCGGAUUAUAACUCGACAAUAUUAUUUAAGAUCCAGCUGCGGUCCCGCUUGGCCUUCAAGCGUCUCGCUGUCGAGCAUAAGCUCAACAAGCUGGCCUUCGAACACGUUUUAGGCGAGUUGGAGAACCGGUGGUCUCGGUCCAUGGUCGCCCCGGGAGAAAUGGUCGGAGUUCUGGCAGCACAGUCCAUCGGAGAGCCGGCCACGCAGAUGACACUCAACACCUUCCAUUUCGCUGGUGUGUCGUCCAAGAACGUCACUCUUGGUGUCCCGCGUCUCAAAGAGAUUCUCAACGUCGCAAAGGAUAUCAAGACGCCGUCCAUGGUCGUGUAUCUGGACGCCGAGAAUGCGACGCAAGAGGAUGCGAAGAGGCUGCGUAAUGCGGUCGAGCACACCACUCUCCGUUCCGUCACGGCGGUCACGGAGAUCUACUAUGAUCCGGAGAUCGCGUCUACCAACAUCCCAGAGGAUUUCGAUAUGGUCGAAUCUUAUUUCCUGAUCUCUGACGCAUCGGAUCAGGAUUCAAUCGAGAACCAAUCACGGUGGCUUUUGAGGAUCACUCUCGACCGGCAGAAGAUGCUGGACAAGGGGCUGCGCGUGGAAGAUGUGGCGCACCGGAUCAAGGAAGAGUACAAGAAGGACGUUGCGGUCAUUUUCAGUGACAACAAUGCGGAGGAGAUGGUCCUUCGCAUCCGCGUGAUCCGCCAAGACGACGACAAAGACGAGGAUGGGAACAAGAUCAUCGAGGAUGACGUGAUGCUGAAGCGACUGGAGAAGCACCUACUUGACAACUGUACGCUCCGUGGCGUUGUGGGCAUUGAGCGUGCCUUCCUGAACAAGGGGACAAAGCUGGUUGAGAAGGCGGACGGCUCUCAGGUAGCCAACAAAGAUGCACCCGAAUGCUCGGAGUGGUAUCUCGACACGCAGGGCACAUCUCUACGAGAGGUCCUGACCAUCGACGGGGUCGACACGAAACGUACAUCCACGAACGACCUGUAUCAGAUCGUGGAUGUCUUCGGUAUCGAAGCAGCUCGGACAGCGCUACUGCAAGAGCUGACGCAGGUGCUUGCUUUUGACGGUUCGUAUGUGAACCAUCGCCACCUGGCCCUCCUUGUCGAUGUGAUGACGUACCGCGGCAGCAUCGCGGCGGUGACACGCCACGGUAUCAACCGCGCCGACACGGGCGCUCUGAUGCGCUGCUCGUUCGAGGAGACGGUCGAGAUCCUGCUCGAGGCUGCCGCCGUGGGCGAGCUUGACGACUGCCGUGGCAUCUCGGAGAACGUCAUGUUGGGCCAAAUGGCGCCCAUGGGUACCGGUGCCUUCGAGGUGCUCCUUGAUCCGAAGAUGCUCGAGACCGUCAUCUCGGACAACUCGCGCAUGGGCCUGAUGCCCGGCAUGACAAUCAAGGGCACCCAGCUGGAGGGCGCCGCGACCCCGUACGACACCGGGUCGCCGAUGGCCGACAACGGCUAUCUGGGCAGCUAUUCCCCGACCAUGGGCAAUUUCUCGCCCAUCCAGGGUGCGGGUUCGGACAGCCCGAGCGGCUUCAACACCGAGUACGGCGGCGGCUUUGGCUCGAGCACAGUCAAUCCUUACGCCACGAGCCCGCGUGCUACGAGCCCCUUCUCCACCUCGCCCACGUCGCCGUUCGGCUACGGUGGCUACUCGCCAUCGUCUCCGGCGGGCUACUCGCCGACCUCGCCUCUCAUCGGGGCCGGAGGACAGUACGCGUCGAGUCCUCAGUUUAGCCCCUCGUCUCCCUCCUUUUCGCCGACGUCGCCGAUGCUGCGACCCGGCAGCCCGACGAGCCCCAGCUACAGCCCGACCUCGCCGAGCUACUCGCCCGCAUCACCCGCCGCUGCCAGGCACUAUUCCCCCACGUCGCCUGCGCAGUUCAACUCGCCGACGUCGCCGUCCUACUCCCCGACGUCGCCGACCUACAGCCCGGCGUCGCCGAAUCUACAUGCGACGUCGCCCUCGUACUCGCCGGCGUCGCCCACCUGGUCGCCCACGUCACCGGACGCCUACUCGCCGACGAGUCCGUCGUUCCAGCGGUCGCCAGGGCAGCAGUUGUCGCCGACGAGUCCGGGGUACUCGCCGACGUCACCGUCAUUUUCGCCAAGGACGCCGGGCCGGGGCGCGUCCAGUGGCGGUGCUGACCAGUACUCACCCACUUCUCCCACGAAUGAUUGAGAAUGCUCAUUCGAAGUGAAGCGGGACACAGGUACGCAGGGCACCGGCUGCCCAGGGCAGAGAUGACGGCGGCACUGAGGCCGUCUCGAGUUUGCUUUCGGGGGGUGGAUGUGCAUAGUUGGAGCGUCCCUUUUCUUUACUCCUUCCCUGCGAUUUUUGCUGGUUCGUUUUUGGAGCAUUUUCCUGCCUCGUCCGGUUGAGAGAGGGAUACAAAAAUAACUCUUUAGAG